CACCCUCGCGCAAGGCUUUAUAAUGUGUCGUAAGAGAUUACUGAUUCUUGUCUUACUAACUCUAUCGAGCGCUAGUUUAGCAGCUGAAUAUAAUAGCACUACCGUCGAACCUAGAAGACACUCAAGCCCUUACCCCUACGCCUGGCGCUGGUGGAUUGCGCACAGCAUACUGUGGAUCAUUACGGGAGGCUUUUGGCUCACGGUGUUCAUAAUUGUGGUGCUGUUUAAGGCAUUCCCAGCGAAGCACAGCUGUCAUUCCCCCAUCAUAUUGGAAGAACCACCAGUGUUUGAUCAUCAUCACGAUCUACAUUCUUCUACCGGUUGGGCGGCACGACAAGCCAAUCUUGGGGCUUCACCCGCAGACUGGCAACUUUAUUGGAAAGAUAGGCUUGAAGCAAAAAUAGAAAAUUUACGUUGAGGUAAAAGAAAUUUCUCUUUCGGCUUACGAUAGCACAAUGGAAAGAACUAUGUUGGCAGGGUCCAAUAAACACGCGUUGGGUACAAAAGUUGAGCUUUAAUUUCAAUUUCGUAGUCUCAAUGCGCUUUGAGCGCGUGUCACGCGAUCAAGUACUUGCGUACGCUUGCGGUUCAGCCGAGUUCCGCACUCUGCACUGCACCACAGUC